GCUAUUCAUACAAAAUCGACAGCUGCAUGCGCUGGCAGAAUAGGAAAAAAAUCAAUAAACGUACAAAAUGACUAGAAAUUGUUCGAGGAGAAUCAACUAUGGUUGGCUUGUUGUUGUUGCUUCUAUGAUCUCACAUUUAUUAAUUCAUGGAAUAAGUUGGUCCGUUGGGGUGUUUUUUGUUCUUUAUCUGGAUGCAUUCAAAGAAUCCAAGGGAGUUACUGCUUGGACGGGCUCGUUAAAUACGGCAUGCAUGUACGGCAUAGGUCCAGUGGCAAGCUUGUUGACCAACAAAUUUGGAUAUAGAUCUACUGCAAUGUUAGGUGGUAUUUUGUCAGCUCUAGGAUUAGCCACGAGCGCCUUUUCAACGAACAUAUACCAUUUAUAUAUUACAUUUGGGAUAAUAACAGGGAGUGCCUUGGGUAUCGCCUACAUUCCAACGAUUUCUGUGCUGGCCACUUACUUUUCGAAGAACCUAACGCUUGCAGUUGGCAUUGCCUCGUCGGGUGUUGGAAUAGGCACCUUUAUAUAUCCACCCUUGAUCAUUGGUCUAGACUCAAUGUAUUCGUGGAGGGGUUGUACGUUAAUACUAGCUGCCAUAACCUUAAACAUAUGCGUCUGUGCAGCCAUUAUAGCACCUAAAAACAACCCUAAUAAAGAAAUAAAACCUGCACCAUCGACAGAGGAUAAUUACAAUGUAGAGAGAGUUUGCGACACCAGCAUAUUCACUAAUCUUAACUUUACGAUAUUAUGCAUGAAUCAGCUUCUCUAUUGCUUUGGACAUUCUAUCCUUUAUGUUCAUUUUGGAGAAUACGCCAUCACAAUGGGCGUGGAAGAGGACCAGUCAGUGCUAUUAUUUUCAAUAAUUGGAAUAUCAAAUUUAGCAGGGAAAAUUAUACUUGGAGUAAUAUCAAGAUUUAGUUUCGUGAACUGCAUACUUUUAUAUGCGCUAACAAUAACAGCAGCUGGAUUAUUAACGCUCACCAUACCGAUUCAAACUUUGUAUGCAACUUUAAUUGCAUUUUCAAUAACUUUUGGUGUUUGCUCUUCAGCAUUCGGGGUACUCCCGCCAGCUAUUGUUUGUCAGUUUCUUGGACCAAAAGAACUUCCAACGGGGUAUGGAAUUUUAUGUAUAUUCUCCGCAAUAGGUAUAUUGCCAGGAGCCCCCAUAGCAGGAUUGUUGUUUGACUAUACCAACCAUUACAUGGGAUCGUUUUAUCUUGGAGGCUCUAUGAUAGUCAUAAGUGGGAUUAGUAUGGUUAUUCCUUAUAUCAGGACACGUCAUAGAUUAUCACAUGAACAACGUGCUAUAGAUGGCACUGAUUUGAAAAAACAGAGUCUUCUGAAUGUUUCCGCUGAUAAUAAUGACAAUGAAAUCCUGACGAAUAUUGCUCAGGAGACUGACAAUGUCAAUGGACUUUAUUUAUGAAGAUUAUGAAUAUAUGUCUUUUUAUUUCAUAUUUAUUCUUUUGUUGACCUUCAAAAAGUCAAAAACAGGCCUCCGUAAGAUAGCUUUCAAUCUUUGGAAACACUGAAGAUAGAUAUACAGUAUUGCUUCAUUUUUACUCGUAAAAACCUGGAUGGAGUGAUGGUUGGAUGUUCACUUGACCUACCAAUGUAUUCUUUACCAUAACGUAAAUUAUUUAAGGAUUUAAGCUCUGUAUUCAGUGUGGAAUGUCCAUUUCAUGAA